ACUCAAUGCGUUUGUAAUUCACAGAGCAGCAACUCUCAAUGGCUUAGCAUGAAGAAUUUACUAAAAGUUCUGGAGGGGAAAUGGAAACGUUACAGGCACAGAUUCGUCCCUUGGAUUGCUUUAAAUCUUAGGAAAAACGAGAGGACCCUCCGUCAGGUGAAACAGCGGUCAGAAGACAAGCGGAUGGACGAUGAACAAGUCCUCGUGUCCCUUGUGAGACUUUUUACCGAGUUGCUUAGAAACGACGCGAGCAAUCAAAGCGAACAGCUUCGCCUGUUAGCAGCGUCCUCUCGCCGUGAAUACUACAUUACCCACAAUGCCGCAGUGCGCAGACCGGAAGCGACGCCUUGUGAGAUUAUGCUAAACACCUUUGGCUUCUGUGUGGAGAAAAUGGCUAGCUCUCUGCCGGGGGCGGGAAUUGGGGUGUUGGUUACCCAGGGACAGGUGCCCAAAGGUGUACCUGUAGCCAUGUAUCCAGGAACUAUCUAUCAGGCCGACGAACCCAUUUUUUUCCAGUCCAUUCGGAACCCAUUUGUAUUUCGAUGCAUCGAUGCUGUUUUGAUUGAUGGAAAUGAUAAAGGACUCUCGAGGCUAGUGUUUCGGUCAUGCAGUGGGCGGGACCGACUCGGCCCAUUUUGUUUGAGUGACAACUCGUGGUUGACUCCCCACCCAGAAAACCCUCUGGCAGUGGGGCAGUAUGUCAACAACUGCUCCAAUGAGAAGGCUGCCAACGUGUGCUAUCAGGAAUUUGAUGUUCCAGAGGAUUUUCCCAUAGAACUUCGUCAGUAUCUUCCUAAUGUUAAUUACAGGCAUAAUGUACAAAGGAGUUUGCGCUGUGUCGUUCUAGUGUCAUUAAGAGAGAUUAACAGCGGUGAAGAACUUUUCUCCAAUUACUACACCAUAGUGCACGAUUCCUGAUAUGAUCAUCACUUUUCAAUGAUUGUAAAAAAAUUAUACAUACGAGUUCAGCAAACCCCUAAGACGUAGUAAUACUGUACAUUCAACUACUUCACUAAUCCCGGUGAAGACAGCACAGGCAGCUACUGGCUGCGCCUGCACACAGACCACUGCUGUAUCACUGAUGUACUGAUCCUCAAGCACACUACACCCACUUGCAG